UCUGAUACUCCGUAUUUGUUUUAGGAACUACUUCGUAUAAUAAUAGUCAAAUACUCAAUGACAACGGAGUACUCCGUAUUUGUUUCAAUUGGAGUUCCUGAUCAAACCCUCUUUCCUACACAUCCUCACGUCAGUUAUUUGCCGUCUUUUCUCCCUCUCUUUCUCUCUCUCUCUCUCUCCUCCGUUUUUCCUUUUAUGAAUGACGGGAAAAAUUGUGAUACGAUCAUCAGAAAUGACUCAAACUCCUCCAUCCGGAACCCUACCUCCACCGGAAACUCCUGUGAGGACUCGAAAAAAGUCGUUAUCGAACGUCGGAGAAGUCGCUGGAGGUACGGCGGCGAACUGCGUUGUGGUUUCAUGCUGUUGUCCGUGUGUUUUGAUGGAGUUUUUCAUAUUGGCCGUUUAUAAAGUACCGGCGUCUGUUUGCCGUCGGGUUUGGCGGAAGAAGCGACAAAAAGUGUUGAUGAAGAAGAAGAAACGGUUUCUGGAAGAGGCGAAGGAGGUGGGUUGUUCUAGUGUGGGUGAGGCGCAUAAUAAGAGUUACGUAGAUGAAUUAUCGGACGUUGAUUGGAAGGCUUUAGAGAUGAUAAAGGUUUCUACGGAUGGGUCAGCGGUGGAGUUGGAUAGACAAAUGUGGGACCAGUUUAGUAAUAUGGGGUUUUGGAGAAGCCCUUCUCAAAGGCAUAAUGUUUCUGAUGUUGAUCAAUGAUCAAUGAUUGAUUGUUUUAUGGGAUUAUUGUUGAAUUGAUUAAAUUCUAUGUUGCACAUUUGCAUGGAGAGAUUGAGCUAACACAAUUGCAAGUAUCGGAAUAUGUGAUUGGGUUGAAAACGUAUUGUUAUUUGAAUGGAUAUCGGAUUCAGGACAUAUUAUUUACUCAUUUUGUACCUGGUGUUCGUGGUAUCCGACUCUAAAAUUGAAGUUUCGCCACAAUUCGUGUUGAAUUUCUUGACGGUUUUGCGUGUGGUAUGGAAUAUGAUGUGCUACGCUGUUCCAAGUAGUAUCUAUAUAUUGGUUACAUUUCGGCUUAUCUUCAGAAGAAUGAUAUCACAACAUUCAGUGAGUGAAUCCUCUUCUCUAUAAAGGCUAACUACUCUAUUCCAAAUAAUGUAACUUUACUUGUGCAUAGAAAAUAUUGUAAUUUUCAAGAAAAUAUGCAUGACCAGAAAACAUUGAGACAGCUAAACUUGUAAACAAACUUACUUAUUGCUCCAUUUGGUCCGUUUGGUAGGGCGUAAAAUGUUUUUAUGGAAAACAAUUUUCCCCUUUUCAAUCAUUUUACAUUGUUUCAAAGGUGAAAACCCUUUUUCCAUUUGAAAGGGAGAGAAAUCAUUUUUCCUUUUUUCCCCUCCUUACCUCCCUCUCCUUUCUUCCACUCAAUCUUCGCCAUCUUCUCUCAUUUUCCUUUAAGGUACCAAACAAAGCAAACUAGUUUGGAAUUGUAUUUUUGUUUUCAAUGGAAAAUCAUUUUACAAUGAAAACGUUUUACGCCUUACCAAACGGAGCCAUAGUGUUAGUGUGUUACUCUUCUGAAGGCAGUGGUUUAACUUUACCACAACAGUGAACAACAUUAUCACGAGUUGUGGAUCUCUGUCUUGCUAAAUAAGCGAUUUAUUAUAAUUCCUUUGCAACAUUUGAAUUUGACCAAAAAUGAAAAUGAUUUGUAAGUACAUAACAUCAUGCCAAAUCCCCAUCUUGUCAUAGUUAUAUGAUGUGGUUAUCAACAAGUGAUGGAAGUGCUUGUCAUUCUGUUGGUCGUGUUUUGGUUGUUACCGAUGAAUGGUGUCUGGUAUAAGAGUAAUGUAGGAUAAAAUUAAAAGCACAAGGCAUAUCAGAGUUUUACGAAUAUCAAGAAGAAUAUGAAGAGGAUGCUUUUGAGGCUGGGUUUCUCAAGACCUGGAAAGCUGCCAAAUAUGAAUUUCUGUUUUUCAGAAAGUCAUAGGAUUCAAACUGCUGCAGAAGAAGUCAAAUUUGAUUGUAUGCAGAAGGCAGAUACACUGAUACUGAUAACUAUUCUGAUUUCUGAACAUGUACCAACCCAGAAAUAAAAAUCCUUACAAAAAACCUAUAUUGAAACUGGGUUGUCAUUCUACAAUUGGAGGUCUAUAGAACUGUACAAGGGGCAUCACAUGAGAGAUAGUGUUUUUUUCCUUCGUUCAAAAGAUUCAUAUUUAAAAAAAUCAAUUUGUUGAAUCAGUGUUCUGCAGCAACUAAGGGAUAAAUUGUUUUUUAGGUUUUUCAUGUGUGGGUAUCCCAAG